AUGUCUAGCCCCGAUUUGAUUCAUCAGUACAAAACUACGUGCAAUAAAUUGAAGAAAAUACAGCGGGUGUUAAUCAAACGUUUUGGACCAAGUGUAUCUGAUGUAUCGGAAGAGUUUGGCUCGUUGGCCAACAGCUUCAACGAAGCCUUCCAGCCAGAGUAUGCCGCAAAAUGUUACAUUGGCCAAAGUAAGUGCGACAAGCUCAUCGGUAACGAUAUGGGCGAGGUCGAUGCUCUGCUCCGAGCCGCUCGAUCCUUUCGAAUCGCGAACGAGAAGCAAACCAGAAUAGGGGCUACAAACGUUACCCAGGAUUAUCACGAGGGCGCAUUUCGAUGCUACACGUUGGCACUUUCCCGGCUCCCCGACAAAUCGGUCAUCGGCGCGGCCAUCAUACGGGAACUAAAAGAAGUCAACCCGAACGUGGAGCUCACAAGUGAUUUCAACUCGCCAUGCCAUCGCAUAUGGGAUCUGGAACAAUCCGCAGAGGAAAGUAUUGCUGCGCGGGAUUAUGUUGCCGCAUUCGAGAAGCUAUCGGAAAUAUACGACAACCUAACGGAACGCAAAUGCGAAAUGCUGUACCAAGACGUAGUAAAGCGGAUCGAGGUGUCCCGGCUGUUAUUGCUAUGCCUGCUUCAGCUGCCUCCGUCCGUACGGUACGACCAUAAAUUCAUCGAGCGAUACUCUACCAUCGGUGACGGUGGCCAUCGGGACACGAGCCACUCCCAGCCACAGCUUCCGGAGGAUCUUGUGUUCCUGCUCCAGUCACUUGUCGUGUCCUGCCAGGCGAAGGAUGUUGAAUCGUUGGUAUCAGUUCGGGAUGAAUUGUGCCUUCGGUCGGAUUUAACCACAUUCCAGCACGCCCUGCUAAAGGAAGUGGUAGCAAAGUAUUGCAAAUGAUAUUAGAUAGAUAAAUCUCGAAGAUACAUUUGGAGAUCGUAUGCAGGGUGGUAUAACCCGGUAUACCAGCUCGUUGUACAUAGCACCAUGAAG